UAAAGAGGAAUGGGUGAGGGUGAUAAAGGAAAAGAAGGAGGAAAAACAAGAAAAAAUGGAAAGAGGAGGGAAAAGCAAAUCCAUGAGCGAUUCCUGGAGGACGAAAGAAAGAAGGAAAAGGGAGAAGCAAGGGAGUGAGAAACGGGUAAGGGCAACACAGGAGGAUAAAGAAAGAAAAGUGGUAGGAAAUGAAGAAACACUAAACAAAGACAUAGAAGAGGAAGAAGCACGGAAAUCUCUGAAAUUGACGAAAAAGAAUAAAACAGCAGAAGAAGAUGAACUUAAAGUUGAAUUUUUAGGGAACCUACUCAGCAAAUGGAUGCCAAAAUUGAGAGGACUUCUUAAUGAAAUGUGGAUGAAAGAACAGCUAGCGAAAAACUGAGGAGAGGUAAGGAUUUUUCCAAUAAUAUACAUAUCAAGUAGGGGAAGUAGCUUCCAAUUACAGAGAAGGCGUCCUCCUGAUCGUUGAAUAUGAGUUAAUGACGAUUUUAAGUUAUCAACAAAGAUUUUGGGAGGGAGAAUCAGAAGAUGGAAAGAUACUAAAGGAAAUUCAGGCAAGCUUUUGAUAAAAGAGAUACAUUUGUCUUAAAUGGCCUAAUCGAUAACAAAUUUAAAAAAAAGGCAGACAACUAUAUAUUGCAUUUAAAGAUUUUAAGGUCUUCGAUUUAUCUGAGACAGGGGGCAGGGAUACUUGGGGCAUUGGUUAUCAACGGGUAACAUGUUCACUAAACAUUUAAGGAUCACCGCAUCGCAGCGAAAGUCUGAAAAACCGCGAAUACAAUAGGGAGUUUGGUGAGAAGAACAGAAAUUGGAGACUUGAAAAGAAAGUAGUACUUAAUAGAUACACCAGUACAGGGUUCAUGUAUGGAGUGGAAGUACGGGGUUGGAAGAGAAGGAAGAAAAGGAAAUAGAAAGGACACAGAGAAGACGCCUGAAAAUAGUUCUAGAAUCAAAUACCAAUAUUCCAGAAUACAUAUGGAGAAUGGAGUCUGACGUUAGGAGAAUUAAGGUAGAAGUAUGUAAAAGGGCAGCGAGUUAUAUCCUCGAGAUAUUACAGAUGGGAGCAGGCAGAUGAACCAUAAUUCAUCAAAUUGCAGACCUCCGCAGAAUCGAAAAUGAAGCGUCAUCAGUGUAGAAAAGUGCAGUAAUUGAUGUAAUGGAAGAAGUAGAAACUGAAACAACAUAGAAGAUGACAAAAAUGCAGGAAAGAUUUGAAGAAGAAAAAAAGAGCUUAAAAGAGGGUUAAAAAUAAAAGAACAGGGAAGGAUGAUUGGAACAAACCUGACAAGUCAAGCUAUUGUGAUUGGUGCAAGAUAGGAAUGGAAAUUGAAGAAUAUCUGGAAGACAGAAUGGUGAAAGAGAAACAUAAGGAGCGGUAGCCAAGAAUAAAGUGUGACAAUAUGGAAGAGCAGGGAAAAGGGCGUUUAGGGAGAAAAAAUGUAAGUUUACAAGGACUUUCGGUUUGGUGCGAGGCAAGGGCAACACGUGGACGGGGUGCUCUGUAGAAAAAGUGAAGUGUGAGGGGAAAAAGGAAAGGAAAGCGCGAAGUAACACGAAGAGAGGAAAGAUAAAGUGCAAACACACGAGGAGGAAAGAAGGAAAGGUGAACGGAAGAGAAACAAGGGAGAUUUAUAAAUAAGAGAAUCCAAAAAAGGAAGAGGUUAGGCAGACAGAAGAAAAUCAGAAAGUUGGGCAAAGAAAUAACAGAUGGCGACAGUAAGAGGAAGGCCAAGGAACACAGGCAAGGCGGGAAACAAAGAAGAAUCCAAAAACACAUUAGAAAGGUACAGCUGGACGGAAAAGGAGAAAACAACCAGGGGGGAAGGAAGGGAGGGAGCGACAGAAAAAGCGGAGAAAAUGGAAAGAGGAAUAGAAGCUAGGGUAAAAGAAAUAAUAGGAGUGUUCGAAAAACAGCUGGAGGAGUUAGCGAGGGCGAUGAAAGAGGAGAUAAAAAGGGAAAUAAAAGAGGAAAGAGAAAGAAGAGAGAAGGAAAUGGAUGAGGAAAGAGAAAGAAGAGAGAGGGAGAGAGAAAAAGAGCAGUGGGAGAGAGGAAAGAAGGAGUUAGUAGACAGGAUCAGAAGACUCGAGGAGGAGCGGGAAAGGGAAGAGAGGGAAAAAAGAAGGAAUAACAUAGUAAUCAAGGGGGUGGAAUGGAAGGAAGGAGACAAAGAAGAAGCAGUAAAGGAAUUCAUAAGGGAUAAAAUGGGAAUAGAGACAGAGGUGGAAAAGGCGCACGCGAUAAGGGUCGGAGAUAGGAAGACGAUAAUGGUAGCGUCGAUGAAGUCAAGAGAGGAGAAAAUAAAAAUAAUGAAAGGAAAAAGCAAACUGGCAAAAGGAGUAUACAUAGACGAGGACCUAACGAAAAAAGAGAGAGAAAUACAGCAACAGAUAAGGAGGGAGGCAAGAGUAAGAAGGGAAAAAGGGGGAAACGUAAACGUAAGGAUAGGAUAUAGAAAAUUAAAAGUGGGAGACAGAUGGUACAAAUGGAACGAAAAGGAAGAGAGACUGUCGGAGGAAAGAAGGAGAGGGUAAGAAAAAUGAAAUGAGGAGAAAAAAGAGGGGGGGAAGGCAGGGGGAAUGAAAAUGUGCUUCUGGAACGUAGCAGGACUAAUAGGUAAAGACAAGGAGGUGUGGGAAUACAUAAAAACAUUUGACGUAGUCGGACUCACAGAAACAUGGAUAGAGGAAAGCAAUUGGGAAAAAGUGAAAUACAGACUACCCAAGGAAUUCGAAUGGAAAUGCAGAGCGGCAAGGAGAAUAAGGAAGAAAGGAAGAGCAAAAGGGGGAAUAAUAACUGGUUUAAGAAAGGGACUGAAAGAGCUGGAAUACAAAGAAAUAAGCGACAAUAUGGUGGAAAGGAAAAUAGCAUAUAAGGACAAGACAUUCAGGAUAAUAGUGGUAUAUAAUCAAGACUAGUUUACAAAAAUGUAAAUUAUUAAUUUCAAUAUUUAUUAAACAAUCUAUGUAUGACAUACAUACAAUAAAUAAAGCUUAAAUAUACAAUAACACUAAUACUAGUUUAAUUCAUUGAUAUUUACUUCCACACCUGUCCAUUUAUUUUUGGCCAUGACUCUAUAUAUUUGAUUAAUUAAAAAUGUAGUAAGGGGAAAUCUUAUAAACUUUACUAUUUCUAAUUAACAAUAUUUUUUUAUGAUAUAUACAAUUUUUCAAUUAUCACUAUUCAUAAUUUCACCAUCGUACACAUUAGAUCCUUUUUGCAAAAAUCUAUACGUUUAAUGAAUUACAAAUGUAGUAAAGGGGACCUAAACAAAUUUUACUAUUUUUAAUUAAAAAUAUCCUAUUGGUAUAGAUAUGUCUGAUUUUGUUUUCUUAGAAAAUAUUGUUCUUCAAGAAUGGGAAUGUAUAUUAUUCUUAUCACAUACGUAUUCUAAAAAAGUAUACAAACUAUAGGUUUGACUUCAAUGAAGUUGUUCCGUAAAAACCAAUAUAAAUAGUACUUCUGACGCGUCGUUAUACCAACUGUGGAUGUAAAAGUUCCUACUUUAAUUCUAUUCAUGAUCUAACAAUCGGCCAUUUGGCACAUGGCCAGUACCUUAUUUCUAGCAGUUGGUAUAAACAUCUUUAUCUCAAUUCUCCGGCAUUACUAUACCGCAAAUAAGUACAGGUUUUAGGAAAUCGACAUUUAAGAUCGUUCUUUAAUGGGGUAACUUUCCCUCGGAUUUUAAAUUCUCUGAAUAUUAAAAUUAUUUGUUACUGCUGGGAGGUUACACACUUUUGGAAGAUGUUAAGGCAUUGCACAGAAUUAAAUUUCAAUUGAUUUCAGAGAUACGUAACGAACCAACAUUAUCGAUAUAAUGCGUAUAAAUGGAAAUGAAAUUUUCACACAAUAACGUAAGAACAUCAAGAAAAGAAAAGUUAAAAGUAGUACAUGUAUUUAAGAUUAAUGUGAAAUAAGAUAUACAUAGAACGGUAAUAAACAAUAACUGCUUUAAUCCUUUGACAAUGCAAUAAAAUGACAAGGAGUUCAGGAAUAAUGUAAGAAUGAACGGUGUUCUACUCACACGCCAAUAGAAGACUGUCUUCCGUUCUUUUGUUGACAUUCGCACUCACAUACAUACACACACACUCGAACCCGUUCAGGAAUCAACCAUCGGUCACAUCUCAGCAUCGGUAUCGGUACCUUAACACUCUAAGGCUUUAUAUUUUUGUCGCAGUUAUAUUCCAUUCUUAAACUCGGCAUUUUCUGACGCAUUUUCGUCCUCGAAUGCUACGCAUCGCCAUCACUAUUCCAAUUAAACGAUUUCAUAUAAUCUUCGGCCGUGCUGAUUACUGAAAGUCCUUCACCAUCACUCACAUGAACUAUCUCAUACAGAUCACUAUGUUAAACUCUAUUUAUCCUACAUGUCCUAAACAUUUCUGUUUCAAUUUGAGCUUCGGCCCAAACUGUAUUCGUUCAGUAAACACUAGGUCACUUCUUUUAUAUUUCCUUACUAUCAAACAUUUCUGAUUGUACGUUUUCUUAUUGUCUUGCUGCAUUUUUAAUAGAUUUUGCUUUGUCGUUACUCUCAGUUUGUCACGACUUUCCUGAAACUCUUGAAUCAUCUCUUGCUCAAUGAGCGUAAUAAUUUCUUGAUCUCGUUUAUAUCGCAUCCGCGUACAGAAAAUAACCUCGGAGAACGCCAUCAUACCUAUACCGCGUUAGUAAAUACUAUUGCGAUAUCGUUGUACCUUAUCAACAUGUUGAUACCAUUGAUCAGAUAUCAUUUAUAGAUAACCUUGUAAGCACUGAUAUUAACAUUUUUACAGUUCGCUCUAUUUCACCAUUGUUUCUUGAUGCUUUCGUGGUGAUGAGUAUAUGUCGCGUCAGUCGGCACCACAAAAGUUCCAAUUUGUAUGCUUCAGGGUUUAUCAUCAUGUCCUCUUCGAAGGUGCCGAUCACUUUCGUAAUUGCGUUCCCGACUCCCUCAAUGUUUCGUCGGUGCCUAUCUUUUCUCAUUAACGUUCCAUUUCACUUUCAAAUUUCACGUACCAAUUGGAACGCAUUGUACUUCACCCGAUUUCAAUUUGGUGUGUAUUUUUGUUUCUCUUUUUUCGCGUUCUCUUGUUUCGUGUGUAUUGUCCUGAACAGCGCUCGAGCGGCAGUUGGCAAUU